AUGGGAGGAUUUUUGCACCUUUUUGACUUUAAUCAAGACAGCAUGGCCAGGAAAAUUCUUGCUCAUAAGCGACCUGUUGAUGGACUGGAAGCUCCCCGAAAUAGCUUGGAGCUGCAAGUAGAAUCUUCUCAGAGCUGCUGUGCUGCAGGAGAUGCACUGGACUCUUAUGAGGUCGAAGAAAACUGGUCUCAAAAGAAUUGUUAUCCGAUCGAGGCUUCAAUGAAGAGGUUGAUUAAUGAGGAAAUUUCCCAGCAAUCUAAUGCAAAGAAAAAUGCACCAAGCAUUGUCGCCCGACUGAUGGGAGUGGAAAUGUUGCCAUUAGAAACCAAAUCUGCAGUUCAGACAAUUGAUAAUAAGAAAGCAAGCAUAGAAAAAACCAAGUUCUCAAACAGGGAGAAGAAUGAAAGUAGGUCAGCUGCUCAUUUGUCUUCCAACUCAAAUUCUUACGGGCAGAUGGAACUUGAUUCACUUUAUGAUGGUAAAGAGCGAGAUGCUGAUAGAUGGAGUAAAGGUCAAAAGUUAGGAAAACCGACCCCUCGAGAACAUCCUCAAGAGGAGGAACUGCAAAAGUUUAAAAAAGAAUUUGAAGCAUGGCAAGCUUCCAGGUUUAAGGAAUGUUCCGAGGUAGUUGAACAUGACAGCACACCUGCUCAGUUACUUGCUCAAGAAAACAUCAGUAAGAAAAAACUGUUACUUGAUGUAGAUUCCAGGAUACCAGCAGGUGAGAAGCAUGCAGAACUUAAGGGUCUUACAUUGAAAGCAAGGUCACAUGAAAGAAGUGGAUUACGAUAUCCUAGACAUGAAAUGGAACUAUUGCCAGCUGAACAGAAGGAUUAUUUUUCCGCAAGAAGCAGAACUGUAAGUAGAAACAUUGAGCACUCCUUGAUAAAUGAUGAUGAGAAACUGGAUAAUUCUUCUCCUCCCACACGGAUAGUGAUCUUGAAGCCCGGUCCUGAUAGGAUUUGUGACUACGAUGAGACCUGGACUAGUUCUUCAGGCACUUUUGAUGACGGAGGUAGUAUAGAGGAUUUCCUUGAGGAGGUAAAAGAACGGCUGAAACGUGAAUUGCAAGGGAAAACCCAAAGAAGGAGUUCUGUGGUCAGAGGAAGUGGGAUUGAAACCCCCUUUAGUGAAAGGCCAUCGGAUCCAAAACAAAUUGCUCAGCAUAUAGCAAAGCAGGUCAGGGAUAGUGUUACUCGGGACCUUGGGAUGAAUUUGCUUCGAUCAGAAUCAACCAGAUCGUAUAGAAGUGAAAUUCAGUUUAAUGAACCAGGUUCUCCCGAUUUCAUCAACAGAGAUACUAGAAGAUUCUUGUCAGAGAGAUUGAGGAAUGUUCUAAGGAGGGAAACACAUCUAGAUGAUCCCGUAGUUAUCAGUGGAAUUUCUGGAUCAUCUCUAUCGGAAGAUGAAAAGGCAAGACUAAAGCAAGUGGGAGAUUCAUUGAAAGCUGGAAACGAGCCGAACUAUUGGGAAAUCAUGAAAGAUGAACAUGAAAUGCAAACUAGAUCUUUCAGGCAUGGAGAUGAAAAUGGAGCACUUCACCGCGAAUUGUCUCCUAGGAACCUAAUUAGGUCUUUGUCAGCUCCUGUGUCAGGAACAUCAUUUGGAAAGCUUCUCCUUGAGGACCGGCACAUUUUAACCGGUGCCCAUAUCAGGAGGAAGCACGAAUCCCUUGAAAAUGUGACCUUGGAGUUGAAGAAACGGAAGAAAGAAAGAUUCAACAUCAAAGAAAAAGUUUCCAAUUUUAGAUACAGUUUCACUCUUCGGGGUAGGCUGUUUGGCAAGAAGAUUCAAUCAAUGAUGGAAUCACAAAAUGCUGAACAGGAGCUUGUACAGGAUAUCAUGAAUGGGCCAACAGAAAACUCGACUGAGGUGCCUCCAAGCCCUGCAUCUGUGUGCAGUAGUGCUCAAGAAGAGUUCUGGAGGGCAACAGAUUAUCUCAGCCCACUAUCGACCCCUGAUAUCACUAUGGGAGAAGAUGAUGCCGUGCCACAAGUUUUUAAAGAGAUCAGCUCUAAUCUGAAUGAGCUGCGACGGCAACUAAAUCAACUUGGGUCCAUUAAACCUGAAGAGACAACAAUUGAACAUGGAAGGAAUGAGUUCAUACUAGAUGCUUUAGAGGACAAAGCAGAAGCUUACAUAAGAGAUUUGCUUAUUGCUUCUGGUUUGUAUGAUGGAUCAUCCGAUAAAUGUUUUUCGAGAUGGGACCCACUUGCAAAGCCUAUCAGCAAUUCAGUGUUUGAAGAAGUAGAAAAAUCUUCUAAAAAAUUGUUGCUCACGGAUAACGGAACUACUGCAAGGGAUGACAAUGAGAAGAAGGCAGAUCACAGAAUGUUAUUUGAUUUGUUGAAUGAAGCACUUUCAACUAUACUAGGGCCACCAGUGAUCAUGUCUAGAUUCAGAAGAAAGGUCAUCGGUUGGUCCAUGCAGCCACGUUUACAUGGAAGGAAAUUAUUGGAUUCUGUGUGGGAGAUUGUCUCUGAGUAUUUAUACCCUUUCAACGACAAAUCCCCUUACUCUCUAGAUAAUAUGGUGAGCAAGUAUCUAGGAUCCACUCCUUGGUCUGGCUUGAUAGACGAUGAGGUCAAUGAUUUCGGAAAAGAGAUAGAAUGUCUGAUUAUGGAAGAUCUUAUUGAGGAACUCUUUAAGGAUUUGUGA